UAUAUUUACUCUAUCCGCGCAGGUAAUUUAAACAUUCCUUUCUACAGAAAACUUAAACGUAUCACCAUGAGGGGAAUAGUGUUAAUUAUUUUACUGUUGGCUUUAAUUCACAGCUGCAGAACUUGUACUGAACACCAGCCGUACUCCUGCAGUGAACAGAAGACCGUUACCGAGGUGACAGUAGGCUGGUGCUGGAAAUUUUGGCUAUUAUUCCGAUGCAAAGAGGAGCACGAGACAACGAAAACUGUGUCCAGUACAUGCCACCGAUCAGUUUGUUGUGAUGGAUAUAGUCGAGAGAGCUCUUCGGGAAAAUGUAAAGCUGUUUGCUUUGGGUCAUAUACCUGUCCGAACGGCGGGUCCUGUGUUGCCCCAAAUCAAUGCGUUUGUCCAAGUGGAUAUGUACGCCCGAAAUGCGAAGAUGAAAAUGAGUGUUCCGAUAAGAACGGAGGCUGCACUCACAUCUGCGUGAACACCAAAGGUUCCCAUCAUUGCUCGUGCCCGCCAGGGUUCAUUCUGGACUCAAUCCAGCUGACAUGCAAAGACGUAAAGGAAUGUUCCGUUAACAACGGAGGCUGCGCACAUACGUGUGUUAACACUGAAGGCUCCCAUUAUUGCUCGUGUCACCCCGGCUUCUCUCUGAACUCGGACCAGCUGACUUGCAGGGACCACAAUGAGUGUUCCGUAAAGAAUGGAGGCUGCUCGCACACGUGUAACAAUACCGAGGGUGCUCACCACUGCUCUUGUCCUCCCGGGUUUACCCUGGACUCGGACCAGCUGACUUGCAAAGCCGAAGCAACCACAGCAACCACACCGCAAGUUACAACGCCAGCAGAUUGUGGAAAUGAAAACGGAGGUUGCUCCCACUCCUGUAUCGGGAUGAACGAAACCGUUCAAUGUACUUGUCCAUUCCUUAAGAAACUCGCUGACGACAAUGUCACAUGCAUAGAUGUUAUGGGCUUUUAUUACGGACUUUGCUCUUUUUUGGCUGUGUGUUUAGUGGUAACCACGGUUCUGCUGGCAAGGAAAUGGUGUGUCAGGCGUUGUGGCGGAUCGCGUGGAAACCAACGGCCGACUGCUGAUGAACAGAAACUAUUUGUAACUUCAAGCCAGGAAUAUGGCGAUGAGUUCAAAAACAAUAACUUGCAGAAACCGCCACCUUAUAAAGAAACAAUGGAUGAAAAUGAUCUACAUAUCUAAAAGAGAAAAUAUUGAUGCGUUAGCCGAAUUAUUCUUAUCUUAUUGCAUUUAACUGUAAUUUGUCCUAUCAGAGGGUAAGCGACAGGAACUAAUUAAUGUUCAUGUAGUUGACUUUAGACAGCGAUGUCUUCCGACAAGCUGGCAAACAAACAUGACUUUUGUGCCAUCCGGUGUAUAUAUUUGACCUUAUUAUACAUCCUUUAAGAAUAUCUGAGUUAGGACAGUUCACAGAACGUCUCAGCGUUUAAACUGAAAAAAAAGAAUAAUUUUUGUUCUUUUUUCUAAAUGACCUUUUCGCUGUGUCGCUGCAAGAUUCUAAAACACAUCUCUUGAUUGCGCGUUAAUUUACAGUAAUCUUAUUCCUCUUUUUAAUACAUUUUUUAUAACAAAAAAAGCAUUCGUUUCUGGUUUUGUAUUAAAUAUAUAUAUUUUGUUAUCACAAUAAAGGUACAUCAUCCGUUAGCUGUAAUAGUACUAUGUAGUUACUAUAAUCUCUUAAAACUCUCACUUUGUGCGGCAUUACUUUCUUAUUGUCAUGUUGUAUGUGUUACCAUAACAUGUAUAUAUGUUUGUAUUGUUGAUACUUUAAUAAACUAUGACACUUUUUGGAA